AUAUAAUUGGACACAAUUUGUUUGCCAAUCAAUAGUCCGUUGGUUUGUGUUGAGGUCGGCUGUGGUUCCGGUGCUGUCAUCACAUCAGUGGCCAAGACUUUCGGACCAAACAAUUGUUUAUAUUUAGCCACUGAUAUCAAUGAAAAAGCGUUAUUAACGACACGAAAGUGUGGAUCAGUUAAUGGGGUUAACGAUUUACUUAUAUUCAAUCCUCCAUAUGUGCCGACACCGACACAAGAGGUAGGCGCGGGUGAUAUAAGCAGUUCGUGGGCCGGAGGUGUCGACGGCCGACAAGUGAUCGAUCGCUUCCUACCCACUGUGCCAUCGCUUCUCACACCCAAUGGUUUACUAUAUCUUAUUGUUGUCAAAGAAAAUAAGAUCUCAGAAAUAUGUGAUGCAAUGAAAGCAAUGGAUUUUGAGAUGACUAUCGUAUUAGAGCGCAAAUCAGGUCCCGAACACCUCUCGGCUCUUAGAUUUAACAGGUAUUGUAUGAAACACUUUAUGUAA